GCUGGGAGGAGGAGCUCUGGAAGCCCGGAGGCCAGAGCCAGCUUGCUUGCACUGAGAGCUGCUGCAGGCUGGAGCCCAGGCUUUGGGGCUUCCAGGAGCAGGACCAGGAACAUGGGGUCAGUCCCCGGAGCCGUCCUCAGGGCGCUGGUCCUUCUGUCUGUGCAGGGCGGGGGUUCGGCCGCAGCAGGAGACACAGAGAGCUGCGACCAGCCGCUGGCGUCCGCGCUGCCCGCCUCCUCCUUCAGCGGUUCCUCCGAGCUCUCCAGCAGCCACAGCCCCAGGUUCGCGAGACUGAACCGCAGAGACGGAGCCAGGGGCUGGACACCACGCGUGUCAAACAGGGACCAGUGGCUGCAGAUCGACCUUGGGGACAGGGUGGCAAUCACCGCCGUGGCCACGCAGAGCGGGUACAGGAGCUCCGACUGGGUCACCAGCUAUGUCCUGAUGUUCAGCGACAGCGGCAGGAACUGGAAGCUGUACCGGCACGAGGAGAGCAUCGCGGGCAACGCUUCCUUCUCCUGCUCCCAGCCGCAGUCGGUGCCAGUCACGUUUCCGAGCGCCAGGAGCCACUUGGUGCUGCCGGGCACCCCGGCACAGGACGGGGCCUCCAUCAGCUUCCAGUUCCGGACGUGCAACCAGGCAAGGCUCCUGCUGUCCAGCUGGCCCCCUCGCGGCUCCACGGGCUUUCUCCUCAUGCUCAGAGACGGAGCCCUCACACUGGGGCUGUCCCCAUCUCUAGGACAAGCGAGGAGUGACGUCGCUGCAGGUAAUACAUGUCCCCAGGCUGCAGCCCACACAGCCUUGUGCAUCUGGAAAUGUGGCGGGCCCCCGGAGAAAAUACUACAUCCUGGGGACACACCCUCGCCCCCUGCUGACCUGCUCCUGUCCCCAAGCAAGGAGCCGUUCUGGCUGGACGCAAGUUUUGAGGAGGCCUGCGUGCGGCCCCGUGAGCAGCAUUUGACAACCAGACACUGCUCUGAGCACAGCCGCGAGGAUCCGGGCGGUCAGGGUCACAGCCCCCCACACGGCACUCCAUUUGACACAAGCAGCCUGGAGACGGACAAGUCUGUACACAGGGAGUUUCCAAUGCCCUAUCAGAGGGUAUGUGCAGACAGACCUCAUGGUGCUGGACUGACUGAUGGACAGCGGUUCACAGGGUCUGUGUCUGAUCUCAAUUCCCCAGGUGCUGGACUGACCGAUGGACAGUGGUUCACAGGGUCUCUAGCUGAUCUCCCUUUCCCAAGUGUGGGACUGAAUGAUGGGCAGUGGCAUUUCUCCCUGACAGCCCAGAGGGACCAGCUGAGUGUGGUGGUGGACCAGGAUGGGGCCUCGACAGUUCGCAUAGCGCAGCCUCUGGAGACCCAUGCAGGCAGUGCCUAUUACUUUGGAGGGUGCCUUCCUCCCGGCUCCCGGUCUGACUGCGAGGCGCCACUUGCUGGGUUCCAGGGCUGUCUGAGGCUCAUCUCCAUUAACGCCCGAGAGGUGGAUCUGAUUUCAGUCCAGCGGGGCGUGCUCGGGAACUCCAGCAGCCUGCGCGUAGACUCCUGCGGCAUUCUGGACAGGUGUUCGCCCAACCGCUGUGAGCACGGCAGCAGGUGCUCCCAGAGCUGGACGGCCUUCCACUGCAACUGCACCGGCACGGGCUACGCGGGCGCCACGUGCCGUCCUUUGAUGGCGCUGGUGGUAGUUGCAGGUGCAUUUGUCGGAUGUCGAUGCGUCAGGCCCUGUUCUUUGCCUCCUGUGCGUCACGCAGUCCUGUCCGCACGACUGAAAUCCCAUUUUCCGGGCUCUCCCUCCAUCCCAUUUCCGGUGACCGACUGGUGGUUCUCCCCAGCCCUCUACGAGCAGUCCUGCGAGGCGUACAAGCACAGGGGCGAGUCCUCAGGGAGAUACCACAUCGACCCCGACGGCAUCGGACCCCUGCAGCUCUUCCCCGCGUUCUGCAACAUGACAGACAUCCCGUGGACCGUCAUGCAGCACAAUGGCUCAGCCCUCACCAGGGUCAAUGGCGCAGACCAGGAGAACCCGCACUGGGCGGCGUUCCAGUACGAGGCCAACCUGGAGCAGCUGCUGGCCGCCAUCGCCCACGCCGGGCACUGCCAGCAGCUGCUGGAGUUCCACUGUAGGAAGUCUCGGCUCCGGUACUCACGAGAUGGAACCCCUCUGAGCUGGUGGGUUGGAAGCACCCAGGGGACACACAUGUACCGGGCGGGUUCUGCGCCCAAGGCCCAGAUGUGCGCGUGUGGCUUAGCGGGGAGCUGCGCGGACCCCCGGUAUCACUGCAACUGUGACGCGGACCUGGAUGAAUGGACUAUAAGGAGUCCUUAUAAGCUGUCCUAUAAGGAGCACCUGCCCGUGACACACAUCGUGGUCGCAGACGCAGCCCGCCCGAGCUCUGCCGCAGCCUACAAACUGGGGCCUCUGCUGUGCCAGGGAGACCGAUCCUUCUGGAACUCGGCUUCCUUCCACACAGAAACUUCGUACCUUCACUUCCCCACUUUACACGCAGAGCUCAGCGCCGACGUGUCCUUCUUUUUCAAGAUGAGAGCUUCAUCCGGCGUGUUCUUAGAGAACCUGGGGAUCACAGACUUCAUCAGCUUGGAGCUACGCUCCCCAAUGGAGGUGGCCUUUUCCUUCGAUGUGGGGAACGGACCCUGUGAGGUCACUGUGCAGGCACCCGCCCCCCUCAAUGACGGCCGGUGGCACCUCGUCCGGGCCGAAAGGAACACGAAGGAGGCCUGGCUGCAGGUGGACCUGCUCCCUCCCGGGACACACGCGGCCCCCGAGGACGGGCACGUGCAUCUGCAGCUCAACAGCCAGCUCUUUGUGGGUGAGUGCUGCCCGGUGCCCUUUCCAACCCCGGGGUGCGUGCGGUGGGGUGGGGUGACUCCAGAGCCAAGGCAACAGGUAAGGCCAGGAAAGGACAUUAGCUCCAUGCCACCAGCGCUUCUGUUGGCCCUGUCAGGCACCUCCAGGCUCCAGCUGCUGGGCCGGGCAGCUCACGCUGGAUCGUAACCUCCCAGCACUGCAACCAGGUGCCUUUGUCCCCAGUGUGGACGCAGGAGCCAGCUCGCUGUCCCAGAGGGUCAGGGCGUGACCUACGAAGACUGUCUCCCCAGGGACAUGCAGUGGACCUGCUCUGGCCACUUUGUGCCCAGUGGGGAGGUGAACACCAGCGGCUCCCACUUCUAAGUGCUGGACCCCCCUCGGGGCCCCCCAGAAACAGUGAGCGAGAGACCAGGAGGGGCAGCCACCCCACACAUCUUGACAUCCCCUCCCCUCCUGUGGGCGUCCCCGACCUCCUUCUGACCCCUCCUGCUCCCCGUUUACCGUUACUCCUAUCAAGCCCUGCGUGGGUCUGCCGCUGUGCUGGGUUGCUUGGUUUUCAGUUUCCAUUGUGUUGUUGGCGAAUGACUUCAUUGUGAUUGGGGCAUCGAUGAGACAGAGGGAUUAGCCCUCCUGUGACCACUCCGUGCAUUUCAGAUACAUUAGGGUGCUGCUUACUUAUUAUGAACUCCAACAAAUUAAAAAUAAUCACCAACUAUUAAUGAAAUACCGACCAGGCCCCUCACAACCUCGGUCUUAACCCUCCACUUGGAGAGGACCACUUUCCCACAGAAAGUCUUUAACCAAGCUACCAAACGACGUAUAGACUAAAAUAUCGAUUAAGUUGAAGUUACGAUAAGACCAUCAAACAAACCACAGUAUCUUCUUCCCCACAGAGCAUUUAACAAAAUAAACCGUGAAGUUUGCCUGGAGUCAGAGCUGAGGGGUCACAGGACUUACUCAGUUAUUCGUCAACAUGUGUUAAGAGCCGAGGGCCGAGCUGUGAGGGGGAACCCUGUUCCCUGUUGAGAACGAGGUGCCCGCACAGCAGACAGGAUGCGGGCAGUCGUCUGGUCCCCCCAGAGCAGGGGCCGUUGUCACAGGCUCCGGGGGCUCCCACCCGCCCCCUCCCCAUCCGCCCCGGGCGUCACCCUCUGCAGGAAAUCAGGUGCGUUAUUCUGGAAUUGGGCCUGUCCAGCGAGAGGAAAUGGCGCUCGCUUCUGAAGUGUUCCCACCCUCUCUGACAGCCCAAGUCCCUCUGCCAAGUCACGCCUGUCCCCUAGGAUCUCUCCAGCUCUGUCUCUCCGCUCUUUUGUUUUUUAGGACACAUCCUAAGGGAAUUCUAAUUGUGUUCACUUGUGAGUUCUAGGGUAACCACUCACGGUGCUUUGUGUAUCCACCUACCAAUUCUGAGAACAGAGUUGUUGGUUUGUACCAAGACUUCCUCUGUGGGUGAGGUUAUUAAGAUUACACUAAGUGUUCAGACUUGCUGUUGCUUUAUUUUUGUAAUAAUAGUUUUCAUCCAGAGACUGCAUGGAAGAAAGCUCUCUAAAACAGAAGAAAAAACAGGAAAAAAAAAGUUAAUGGCUUUCCCACACAGCAGUACCAUAGCAUUUAGCAACUGGGGUCCUUUCCACUUGAAAAUAGAUCUGGCAGAGCACACACUGAGUCACUCAGUAAAAUUCGGAUCUUACAUGAAGUUGUUAAAUGAGAAUUCUAUUCUACGAAACAGGGAGAUUCACCCUCUUACAUUAGUUACUUGAGAUGCGGUCUCUAAUCUCUGAUGCUUCCAUCAAAACAAAUGUGGUCAUGUUUGUAAAAAUGCCAUGAGUUAUAGUCUGCAUUUUACCGCCCUGGUUUCGAGGCCCACGGUGUUCUAGUAUUACGUUUUAGGGGGUUCAGUUGCUGGCCUCUCUCCAAGGACAGCGAAAUGGGCCAACGUGAAGACACCAGAGUGCUUUCUCUUGCGAAGAUGAGAGUUUCCUCAAAAAGGUGACUACGAGAAAUGUGACCAAAAGUCAUCACUGAGACAUCCACGGUGCCUCUGUCUCCCCACUCUGAGAAUUUGGGGAAAGAGCCCUGAGCUGAGCAGAGAGCUUCAUGGCAAAUACAGGACAGGUCCCAUCUAAUGGGAUCUCCGUGAUUGGGCUGAUGGAGAAAAACACCCCAAAUGGCCCACUGCAGUUCACAUACAGGUCACUUGUGUUGCGAAUCCCGCCCCCAACCCCCACAGUGGCUCCGCGGUAUUUCUGCCUGCAUGUGAAUGCCACAGUCAUGGAAUCAUUAGUGGGAAUUCCUUUGACUUCGUCUUGGUUUGUUCAUCGUGGUUGUGAAAUCUAUGCUCGUUACUUCACGCACCACCCUGUUUUUCUUUUUAAGUUGCUGUCCCUGUUCCAUUAUCCAACACAUCCCAACGCUGUCCUUCCCAGGAGGGACUGUGGGACGCCGUCACAGCAGGGCUGCUGAGGCGUUUCUCUGCAGGGCCCUGUGGCCACCAGCACAUGGCUGUGCUGGAGGCCGGCUGGAUCUGCACCUAACUUCACUAGAAAUUGCCAGCUAGUUUUUCAAGCUGGUUUUCCAUCUUCCUGCCCAGUGGUAGAGUGUCACUGUCCUCAUCUUGUCCUCUGUGUCCCCAUCUUGUCAUCCAUGUCCCCCUCUUGUCAACCAUGUCCUCAUCUUGUCAUCCGUGUCCCUGUCUUGUCAUCCGUGUCCCCAUCUUGUCAUCCAUGUCCCCCUCUUGUCAACCAUGUCUUCAUCUUGUCAUCGGUGUCCCCGUCUUCUCAUCUGUGUCCCCAUAUUGUCAUCCAUGUCCCCAUCUUGUCAACCAUGUCAUUUUGUCAUCGGUGUCCCCAUCUUGUCAUCUGUGUCCUCAUCUUAUCAUCUGUGUCCCCGUCUUGUCAUCUGUGUCCCCAUCUUGUCAUCCAUGUCCUCAUCUUGUCAUCCAUGUCCUCAUCUUGUCAUCGGUGUCCCCAUCAUGUCAUCCGUGUCCCCAUCUUGUCAUCCGUGUCCCCAUCUUGUCAACCAUGUCAUUUUGUCAUCGGUGUCCCCAUCUUGUCAUCUGUGUCCUCAUCUUGUCAUCGGUGUCCCUGUCUUGUCAUCCUUGUCCCCAUCUUGUCAUCCUUGUCCCCAUCUUGUCAUCCUUGUCCUCAUCUUGUCAUCGGUGUCCCCAUCUUGUCAUCCAUGUCCUCAUCUUAUCAUCGGUGUCCCCAUCUUGUUAUCUGUGUCCCCAUCUUGGUAUCCGUGUGUGGGUGCACAGCAGCCACACCUUGUGCUCAACGAGGGCCUCCCCAGCCACCAGGGAGGUUGCCGUGCUCUCUGAAUAUUUAUUCAUCACGUGAAUACCUUCCCAGUGAAGUGCCUGUUUAUAUUUUUUGCCCCUUUUUUAGUUGACCUGUUUGCCUUUUUAUUGAUUUGUAGAAAUACUAUAUAAUCUGGACCCCAGUCCUUUACAGAAUACAUGAAGCACAAUUGUUACUACCCAUCUGAGGCUUGCUUUUAGCUUUUUUACCAAUGUCUUUGGAUUUGCAGAAGUUUCACUAUUGAUCAACCUUUGUAUAAAAACCUUCAAGCCCAGUUCGUCAAAGAAUUCUUUUAUAGUUAGUGCUCCUUGAGUCUUCUCUGAAAGACCAGUGUUUGGAAGAACUUCUCCUAUAUUUUCUUUUAGAAAUUUUUUAAAUUUUAGCUUUGCUUUUAGGUCUAUGAUCUAUAUAAAAAUAUUUUUACAUAUGGUGUGAGAUAGGAUUCAAGGCUUAAUUUUUUAUACCACUUUUUUGUAGUAUGAUCGAUACGUAAAAAGGUAUUUAAUGCGUCGCAGCUGGAGGGUUUAUCUUUUUCUGUUUGUGUGCCCAGUCCUCAGAGCUGCUGGUGGUGGCGUAACGUCAGUGUCGCACAGAGUGACCAUGCUGGAAAACCUUGCUGCUUCGGAUCCCACAGUGGAGCUUACUGUCUUGGAGCUCAGAGUUCAUACAAGGAAACGAUUCCAGAGUAGUU